AUGGGCAACAAAAGACUAUUGACUAGUGGGUCAAGCAGAGCUUAUGGUAGUGAAAGUUACAGAGAUCCUCUGUUAGAGAACCAGGAUAUAUCGAAAGCGAAUGGAGAGCAGAUAAGCGAAAAUGGUCCAAAUGAUCUCGAGCAUGGUGUAGUUGAGGCAGCAAAUGUUGGAUUUGGCAGAGUCUUUUCGUUGGCAAAGCCCGAUACGGGAAAGCUAGUGAUUGGUACCAUUGCUUUAUUGAUAGCUUCAACAACUAAUCUCCUCGUUCCAAAAUUUGGUGGAAUGAUUAUAGACAUAGCAUCCAGAGAUGCCAAUACGCCUGAACAGCAAGCGGAAUCCAUCCGAGCUGUUAGAAACGCCGUACUAAUCAUCUUGCUUAUCGUUGUAAUCGGAUCGUUAUGCACGGCUUUGCGAGCGUGGCUAUUUAAUUCUGCCAGCGAAAGAGUUGUGGCCCGACUGAGAAAGGAUUUGUUCAAACACCUAAUGCAUCAGGAAAUAGCAUUUUAUGAUGUCACGAAAACCGGAGAACUCUUAAGUAGACUAUCCGAAGACACCCAAAUAAUUAAAAGUGCUGCUACUACAAAUCUUUCUGAAGCUCUUCGUAAUGUAACAACAGCGUUUAUUGGUGUUGGUUUCAUGUUUACAUCAUCUUGGAAAUUAACAUUUGCUGUGAUGCAGUUUGGUCGAUAUCUCCGUGAACUUUCACACACAACUCAAUCAGCAGCUGCUGUUGCUGCAUCAAUUGCUGAGGAAUCUUUUGGCGCAAUCCGAACGGUUAGAUCUUUUGCGAAAGAAAAUUAUAUGGUAUCACAAUACUCCAAGAAAGUUGAAGAGACUUUGAAGCUAGGACUCAAACAAGCUGUACUUGACGGGAUGUUCUUUGGAGGACUAAACGCAGCUUUCACAUUCUCUGUUAUUACGGUUGUUAGUUAUGGAGCUUACUUAACAAUAACUGGUUCUAUGACCGUUGGAGCACUCACUUCCUUCAUUCUUUAUAGCCUCACAGUUGGUGCAUCGGUAUCUUCUUUAUCGAGUUUGUACACAACUGCAAUGAAAGCUGCUGGUGCUAGUAGACGAGUUUUUCAGAUCUUGGACCGUGUUUCUAGCCUGCCAAAUUCAGGGGAUAAGUGUCCGGUCGGUAAUCCUGAUGGAGAUGUGGAAAUAAAUGAUGUCUGGUUUGCUUAUCCUUCUCGCCCGAGUCACAUGAUACUUAAGGGAAUAUCGUUGAGGUUCAAAAGUUGCACUUGUAGGACCAAGUGGCGGAGGAAAAGUAAGUUUAGAACAUACAGUUUCGAUUCAAUUUUGUUUUUGCGCGAUUUCUCGUGUGGUCCCGUCGGUGAAUGUUUCCCAUAUUUUGCAUUUGCCAUAUUUCAGACGACCAUAGCCAAUUUGAUUGAGGGAUUCUAUGAUCCUGUCAAGGGAAAGAUUUUGCUUAAUGGAAUUUCUUUGAUGGAAAUAUCCCAUCAAUACCUUCACAAACAGAUCAGCAUUGUAAGCCAGGAACCGAUUCUUUUCAACUGUUCAGUUGAAGAGAACAUCGCAUAUGGAUUUGACGGUGAAACUAGUCUUUCAGAUAUAGAAGAUGCAGCGAAAAUGGCGAAUGCACACGAGUUCAUAGAAACAUUCCCGGAUCAAUAUAAAACCGUUGUUGGAGAACGCGGAUUACGUCUCUCAGGAGGACAGAAACAGAGGAUUGCAAUCGCAAGGGCGCUUCUUACAAACCCUAGAGUCUUGCUUCUUGAUGAAGCAACCAGUGCACUCGAUGCUGAAAGCGAAUAUCUUGUUCAGGAUGCGAUGGACUCGUUGAUGGCAGGAAGAACGGUAUUAGUGAUAGCUCAUAGGUUAUCGACAGUUAAGACCGCAGACUGUGUAGCGGUUAUAUCGGAUGGUCAAGUGGCUGAGAAAGGUACUCAUGAUGAGCUUCUCAGGUUUAAUGGAAUUUACACUAAUCUUGUCAAGAGGCAGCUUCAAAGUUCUUCCUCUGUAACUAAUUUGUGA